AAUUGCUCGGCACCACCCAAUGGCGCCAGCGACAGCCACCCCUCACCUUCCAUGCCCAUAAGCUCCAGGCCUUGCGCCUUCCUCCGCCACCACUCCGGCCUCCCGCACGUUCGUGGCCGCGUACGUGAAGCCGGCUGCACCACAAGCCAGCGGCGGCGCUAACAAUGGCGUGCGACCAGGCGGAACUCCGGCGGGUGUUCGAGCUGUUCGACCGGGACGGCGACGGCCGGAUCACGCGGGAGGAGCUGACGGAGUCGCUGGAGAGGCUGGGGAUGCCGGUGGCCGGGGAGGAGCUGGCCGCCACCAUCGCCCGCGUCGACGCCAACGGCGACGGGUGCGUCGACCUGGGCGAGUUCGCGGAGCUGUACGCGUCCGUCAUGCGCGUCGACUGGGACGGCGGCGGCGACGCGGAGGAGGCGUCCAUGCGCGAGGCGUUCGACGUGUUCGACCGCGACGGCGACGGGUUCAUCACCGUGGACGAGCUGCGCGCCGUGCUUUCUUCGCUGGGGGUCAAGCAGGGCUGGACGCUGGAGGACUGCGGCCGCAUGAUCGGCCAGGUAGACAGGGACGACGACGGCCGUGUCGACUUCCUCGAGUUCAAGCAGAUGAUGCGCGGCGUCGGGUUCUCCGCGCUCCGGUGAUCGACGGCGAUACGUCGGUCGUCGUACAUGCGAGCGUUUUCUGCGUGUAUCGUCUUCACGUAUUGUGUACGAGUGCAUGAUCUCGUGAAUUUCGCAGAACAUGUAUUGCUAUCGUAAGAGCAUCCUCAACGGUUAUUCUAUCAUAUCCUUUAUUUUUAUCCUCUAUCUUAAAAAUAGAGGACGGAGGUUCUUCAAUAUAACAUAUAUCACAUUCAGAUAUGGAGGAUGUCAUAUAUGAUGAUGAGUUGGAGUAAAAAAAUAUAGAGGAUAAAACUGUUUAGAUGACCAUCCAAAUAAAGAGAUAUGGAUAUGUAUGAUUAAAUUUAGAUGAGUUGUUGGGGAUGCAGGGACAGAGCAGGGUAUUAGAUGACACCAAUGAUCUCUUGUAAUCUUCAUUACAAAUUGAUGUUUUCUAAUAUAUAUUUGUGAAAUUAUCCAAUAAUAUGAUAGAGAUGACACCAAUGCUGGUAAAUUUUGGAGGGGGUAAAAGUAUAA